GUGAACCCCCAUCCCUGGCAAAAGCGCGAGGCGGAGUUUGAGUUGCGUCAUGUGACCCGCGGGCAGCCCCUCCCAACGGUUACUGAGAAUUGAGAGAUUCUCUUCACUUACUGGUGGGGACCGGGGUAGGUGCUAUUAAGAUUGUCGUUACGGCGUAACCCGGUGCGGGAUUUGUACAUGCGAAGAGACAGCGCCUUUUGGGAGAAAUGGGGCAGACUGACGACUGGAUCAAGCAGGCUCUAUUAAACUGCUGAGGACCUAGGAUAAUCCCCCGUAUACACGGUGAAGGGAGGAGUAGGUGCUUGUGGCGGUGUCCCUCCUGUGUCAGCGCUCGGGCUGGAGGCCUAGAAGGAGGAGCUGGAGGGUAUAGGCUUAGGAAGGCUAACUCUCCAAACAGAAGCAUGGUUGAAGCUCAGGCAUUCAUUUGGCAAGCAAUUGGAGAGGAGGUGAUGACUGCAAUAUGAACCGUGAAGAUCGGAACGUGCUGCGUAUGAAAGAAAGGGAAAGACGGAAUCAAGAGAUCCAGCAGGUUGAAGAGGCUUUUCCAUCUAACUCUCCUCUUUUUGCUGAACCAUAUAAAGUUACUAGUAAAGAAGAUAAAUUGUCAAACCGUAUACAGAGCAUGCUGGGUAACUACGAUGAAAUGAAGGAAAUUAUUACUGACCGUUCUUCACAAAAACUAGUUUGUAUACCUAAGCCAGCUGUUCCACCAAUUCCACCAGAUGAUAAAGCUGGUCAAGGGUUUUUUGGAGAUCAAAGACAUAGCAGCUCCCAUCAUAGUAGCAAAUGGACUCCUGUUGGUCCUGCUCCCAGCACUUCUUCUCAGUCUCAAAAAAGGUCCUCAUCCAGUUCACAAGGAGGGCACAGUAGGAGUAGUGGCAGUAGCCAGAGACAUGACAGAGAGUCCUACAGCAGCAGCAGUCGUAAGAAAGGACAGCAUAGUUCUGAUCACUCUAAAUCUCGCUCAUUUAGUCCUGGCAAACAGUCUGUUUUAAAUUCAGGUAGUACCCGAUCUCAUGGGAGUGAUCACCACAAAGAACGCCAACGGCCCAAAUCUCCAAGGGAUUCAGAAAGUAACUGGGACUCUCCUUCUCGCGCACCCUCAUUUCCAAGUGGACAACACUCCAACCAAGCUUUUCCCCCUUCUUUAAUGUCUAAAUCUAGUUCAAUGCUUCAGAAGCCAACAGCUUAUGUGCGGCCAAUGGAUGGGCCAGAAUCGAUGGAACCAAAGCUGUCUACUGAACACUACAGCAACCAGUCACAUGGUACUAGUAUGACCGACCUAAAGCCGAAUAGCAAGGCACAUUUAACAAAAUUGAAGAUACCUUCCCAGCCAAUGGACGCCUCAGCAUCUGGUGAUGUGAGUUGCGUGGAUGAAAUUCUAAAAGAGAUGACACACUCAUGGCCUCCCCCACUCACUGCUAUUCACACACCAUGCAAAACUGAGCCUUCCAAAUUUCCGUUCCCCACAAAGGAUGCACAACAAACUAGCUUUUCAUCAAGUGAACAAAAAAGAUACCAUGCAUCAAUGAAAACUGCUAAUGGUCAUGCACCUAAAUCUACAUUGAAGGAUGACUUAAAACUGAGCAGUAGUGAAGAUAGCGAUGGAGAUCAGGAUUGUGAUAAAACUAUAGCAACAAAUGCUCCAGGAAGUAAUUCAGAACCUUCACAACAUAAUAGUGAGGGAGCUGAAAACUCCAGGGAUGACUCAAGCAGCCGUAGUGGAUCAGAAAGCAGCUCUGGGUCAGAUUCUGAGAGUGAAAGCAGCUCUAGUGACAGUGAGGCAAAUGAACCGUCACGUUGUGCCUCACCAGAGCCGGAGCCACCAUCAAACAAGUGGCAGUUGGAUAACUGGUUGAACAAAGUAAAUCCACAUAAAGUAUCUCCUGCUUCUUCAGUAGAGAGUAAUAUUCCCUCAUCACAAGGAUAUAAAAAGGAGAGUCAAGAACAGGAAACAGGAGCUGGAUAUAUUGAGCCAAGUGGGCCCAAGGAAUCAAAUCCUCCAACUCCAGUCAGAGAGUCUAAAGUGGCACAAAAAGGCUCUGAUGGCAGCCGUGGGAGACAGAAGUCUCCAGCACAAAGUGAGAGCACAGCACAGAGGAGAACAAUAGGAAAAAAGCAGCCUAAAAAACCUGAAAAGACAGCUGUUGAGGCACCAAGAGGAGGGCUCAAAAUAGAAAGUGUUACUACAGUAGGAAUGACAAGCAGCCUACCACCUAAUAGACACAAGGCCGCCACAAAAGGCUCUCGAAAGCCCAACAUAAAGAAGGAACCCAAGUCUUCACCUCGCCCUGCAACAGAGAGGAAAAAGUGCAAGCCUUCAAGUAAACCAUCACAGAAAUCCAGAGAAUUUGUUGAAACAGAUACCUCAUCCUCUGAUUCUGAAAAUGAGAGCCUUCCACCUUCAUCCCAAACGCCCAAAUAUUCAGAUAGCAUUAGGACUCCACCAAUGAAACCCUCUGAGGAGGAUGAUAGCUUUUUUCGGCAACGUUUGUUCUCUCCUAUGGAAGAGAAGGAACUUCUGUCACCACUUAGUGAACCUGAGGACAGAUACCCCCUUAUUGUAAAAAUUGAUUUAAGUCUGUUAUCCCGUAUACCAGGGAGGCCUUAUAAAGAAGUUGAACAACCGAAGGUUGAAAAGAGUGCGCCAGAGAAGCACCCAAAAGAAGCCCAGAAGCAAGCUGAGAAGCCUUCCAGCAAAGGAAAGCGGAAACACAAGAAUCUUGAUGAAAUUCGGGAGAGUGAAAGCAAGAAAACCAAACUGGAUGAGAAGACUUCCAGUCAGAAAGUGUCAAAUAAAGAGUCUGCGAAGCAGACCCCAGUAAAAGAAAAAGAGCCACUACCAUCUCCUGUCCCACCUGCAUUACCGAAGGAUUCUAAGGCAGAUCACGGAACACGCAAAAGAACAGUCAGCCAGUCAUCCCUAAAAUCUGGCAGUAGUAGCUCUACCAAGGAAAGCAGCACCAAAAGUAGUUCCUCAGCGAAGCAGAAAAAGAUAGAAGGAAAGACUUCGAGCAAUGUCAAGGAUACUAAGGAGAAAGUUGCAAACAAUGCACCUUCUGUCGCAUUCAUACCACCCGUAGACAACUUGAAAUCCCGAAGAGCAAAGUUAACAUUUGAGGAGAGAAGCCAUUCAGCUGAUCAUUACUUGCAAGAAGCCAAGAAACUGAAGCACAAUGCAGAUGCGUUGUCUGACCGGUUUGAGAAAGCAGUGUAUUACCUUGAUGCUGUGGUUUCUUUCAUCGAGUGUGGAAAUGCAUUAGAAAAGAGUGUACAAGAGUCAAAGUCACCAUUUCCUAUGUAUUCUGAAACAGUGGAAUUAAUUAAGUACACUAUGAAAUUGAAAAGUUAUGCAGCACCAGAUGCUACAGCAGCUGAUAAAAGACUUGGAGUUCUUUGUCUUCGUUGUCAGUCUCUUUUGUAUCUUAGACUCUUCAAACUGAAGAAAGAGAGCGCUUUAAAAUAUUCUAAAACCCUAACAGAGCACCUAAAAAAUUCAUUUAGUAACGCUCAAGCUCCAUCACCUGGUAUAGGAAGCAAAUCUGUCAGUAUGCCUUCUCCAGUAUCCCCAAAGUUGUCUCCUGGAAAUUCAAACAAUUACUCCUCCAGUGUGUCCAGUUCCUCAGGUAGUACAUCUUCUGUGACCAUUCCUCAGAGGAUCCACCAGAUGGCCGCAAGCUACGUUCAAGUUACAUCCAAUUUUCUGUAUGCUACUGAAAUCUGGGACCAAGCCGAACAGUUGUGUAAAGAACAAAGUGAGUUUUUUAUGGAACUGGAUAAAUUUAUGGGUCCCUUGAUCUUUAACUCAAGUACCAUGACAGAACUAGUACGUUACACUCGCCAAGGUCUGCAUUGGUUGCGUCUGGAUGCCAAGUUGAUAAAUUGAGGGAAAACCGUACUUUUGGAAUCAGAACAUUUUUUUUUUGCUGCCUCCAAGCUUUCUCCACAACACUGUGUCCAGAAGAGAAGGAAGACUGCCAUAACACAUUGGUCGUCAUUAAGGGCAAAACUUGCACGUCUUGGUUUCAGCCAUAUCCAAGUAAAGGAAGAAGAAGAAAAACAUUAUCUUGCUAAAAAGACAUCUUCAGUCUUCAUUUUUUAUUUAAAAAAUUAUUUAAAAUAGUUUUUAUAGUAGCAUUAUCAAAUUUUUUUUUCUGGCUCCCUUUACAGAGGGAUUAAUAUUCCUGAUAUCAUGCACAACAUAUUUUAAACCUAUUUAUUUUAUUAAGCUUACUGCAAAUAGUUAAAUAUGCCGAAGGAAGUUGUAUUCCCUUCUUCACUUACAUACUCCAGCAGUGCAGGUUAUGCAGCCAUUGCACCCUGAUCUGCAAUGAAUUGUACAUUGAAAGACAAUAUUUCUGCAUUUUCCUAUUGCUGGGGCAAUUUGUAGGGUUAAAAAUCUAAGAUUAUGAAUGGUAAAUCACAAAUUGUGGCUUUUACAGGUGAUGAGGUUACAUUUUAUGAAUCUCCUACCAAUUUAGCCUUCUAAGUACUUUAUAUGAUAACUUAUGCAUUUCGGUUUUCUAAUGGUUUGGGCUUUGUUACUUUGUACUGUCUUCUUGUGUCAGAGACCAGAAUAAAGCUCAGUGGAGUUUUUUUUUUUUUUUUAAGUGAUAGGUACUUCUAAUACCAAACACACACACAAUAUAUGAACUGCUUUUAUUUCAGGAAAAAACCCAGAGGUAUUCUUUUUAAGUAUAUAUAUAUAUAUAUAUCAGAUAAGCAAGAGAGAAUUAUUAAGAGAAAAUAUAUACAUAUAUAAACGUUUAGGUGUUAGUGUAUUUUUCAGGGAAAAUUUAGACCACUUGAUUUAAAACACUAACAAUAUAGCACACAGGCCUUUAUACAUUAGCCUGUGAAAAGCUUAUCACAGAGUUUAUCGCCAAACUGCAAUUAAAAUCAUUGUAGAUGUUUUUAAAAUAAAUUUAUAGUAAACUUUUUAAAGGCAAAAUAUGGUUUUAAAUUUGCAUUAAAUGCUAUAUACAAAUAGGUUAAACAGGGUACACUUUUUAUUUAACAGAACUAUACCUACCUAGUAUAGUUAAAAAUGUAAUUGAUGGACUAAAUUACAGUGUAACUGCUAAAUUCUUACUAUUUUUAAAUGCAUCUUAAUGAAUUUUAAAGCUUAUUAAUUAUAUGGUCUACAAAAUGAAUCUGUUUCUGGCCUUUGUGCUUUAUUUAUAACGGAUUAUCCUUCUGCAGCCUAUAGUUGAAAUGUUGCUGUGUUGUAUCAUCACUGCAAUUCAAUUAUAGCAUUUAUAGUGUGUUUCACUGUCCUUUUUGAUGCCCAAUAGAUAAGCUUAAAUUCAAUAAUUUUCACUCAAUUAAAAUAGUUUUUUAGUUUUAGCUACUUCAUUAUCAUCUGUCUGUAUAAAUAGGCAAUUACUGUAUUGCAAAUUAUACAAAAGAUGAAACUUACUAAUAUUUUUCAUACCUCCAAUGCAUCCUAAUAAAAUGGGUGUUUUGCAAGUUUGUUGGUGUUAUUAAUUAAAUAAAAAUUUUUGCCAAUCCACCUAUCACAGCUUUAAAGGAUGAAGUCAAGCUUGCCUUCUGGUGUACAAACCUGCUACUCAUCAUUUUCCUGUUUUAUAAAGCAGUUCUUAUUUAGAUUUAUGUUACACUGCAGGUCAUCUUCAUCUAAUAAAAUGAAAAUGCAAGCUUGCUUUAAAUAGGACAUCUGUUUAGAUGGACCAUUUCCUAAAGCCCAUACCUGUAAGAUUGCAGCAAAUUUGCAUUCAGAUUUCAGGACCUGUUAUUGCCAAAGACCAGUUAUCAGUUGAUCUCUAAACAUGCACUUUUUUCAUUCAUUGAUAUUUAAACAGCUUGCAAAACACCAUUUUUAUCUUAUGUUUGAAAGUUGGAGGGUUUUAAUAUUUUAAAUAUGGCCCUUCAAGUAUUAAGUGAAUGGUACUGAACACAGAUUUUGUCACCCUGUUUAUUUUAACAAAAUAAUUGUGUUCCUGCUUACGUAUUACAGAAGUAAAGCAAACAUUUAUCUCUA